AUGGGUCGAAAACUACUUAAAUCUGAAAAUAAAAAACUGCCUUUAAAAGCCAACGGAGAAGCCCUUAAAAGAAGUCACCCAUCAGUUCCACCACUACAAACAAAAAUCACAGAUUUAUUUCCUGUACGACGUAGUACAAGAAAAUGCAAAUCGGAUUUAAAGAACGCAGAAGAAGCUUUCAUGAUACAAUACAUUCUCACUAAUAAAGAAGAUGGAAUACAGAUGAUUUAUACUGAAGGCAAAGGUAGGGGUAUUGUAACGACAAAACCCUUCAAGAAAGGUGAUUUCCUAUGUGAGUAUGCAGGAGAAUUAAUCUCUCGAAAAGAAGCUUUACAACGCGAAGUUAGCUAUGGUAAAGAUCCAAACAUUGGAAAUUAUAUGUACUUUUUCUCAUAUAAAGGUUCUGAUUUUUGUGUCGACGCAACGAAAGAAACUGAUCGACUAGGGCGCCUUGUUAACCACAGCAGGAAGAACUAUAAUUCUAUCAGCAGGCUCAUACCUAUAAACGGUAACCCUCACCUUGUAUUGAUAGCGUAUAGGGAUAUUGGAAUAGGUGAAGAAUUAUUAUAUGAUUAUGGUGAUCAUAGCAAAAAAUCUAUUGAAGCUCAUCCAUGGUUGGAAUUAUAA